AUGGCUUUUUCAAUUUCUUUACUGAUGGCAUUAGUGUUGAUCUUGUCCCACCCUCUGACCUCCAUUAGCUGUGACCUGCCUCAGAGCUUUGACUUGGGAAAGCAGGAGAGCUUCACAGCUCUCAACCAAGUGGUGCCGAUCUCUCUUUCCCGUCUGAAGUACAGGACUGACUUCAAAUUCCCCCGGGAGCAGCUGGAGGGCGGGGAGUUCCGGAAGGCCCAGGCCGCCGCCUUCCUGCGGGAGCUGCUCCAGCAGACCUUCAACCUGUUGCACACGGAGCGCUCCUCGGCGGCCUGGAGCCCCGCGCCGCUGCACGGACUCCGCUCUGGCCUCCACCGGCAGCUGGAAGCCCUGGACGCCUGCUUGCUGCAGGCCACGGGCGAGGGAGAGCGCGGCCCGGGGAUGCACGGCCCUGCCCUGGCCAUCAAGAGGUACUUCCAGGACAUCCGCGUCUACCUGGAGGACGAGGGAUACAGUGACUGCGCCUGGGAAAUUGUCAGGCUGGAAAUCAGGAGUCGCUAUCUCUUCAUUUACAAGCUCAUAAGAAGACUCAGGAAUUAA